AUGCAGCGUCCCCAGCCUUCAUUUCCAGCCCAGGUCCACCACUUCACCAUCGCUAAGUUCUCCCAUACCACGACUCUCAUUGAUCAUGUUGGUCCCCUCACCUGGAACCAUGUCACUGGAAAUGGCGAGCUGCACUGUAUCUUUGAGAAGAUUGCAGAUCCCAGUCUGGUAUCCUCGAGUCUAAUUCAGAAAGUUCUUCGAGGUAAUGACAUGCUGGAGCAAGUCGACCUUGUUUAUCAAACUCGGCUUGCAGCAAUGUCUGCUCAGCUAGUCCCCAUACCCAAGUCACAUUUUGCCGUCGUCGUGAAGUCGCCCUGCAUUGCAGUCAAGUAUCCUGAGCGUGAAACACAUUCACGGUCUCUGAUCAUCUUCGAACAAUCUCAGAUUCGUCGUUUCCAAAUCAAGUUUAGUACUGAGCAUGAUUAUUUCAUGGCUUUAGCUCUUCUGGGUGAGAUCAACUGCCCAUUGAUUGAGGGAAAUUCGCCUGUUCCCGCCAUCCAACGCUUUCCAUCAGUGUCAUCAUGGACAUCAGGUUCUCUGUCCUCGAUUGUACCGAGGGGGUUUAAUCAAGCAACGAUGGCCCAUGGAAGUAAUGGGAUGCAGUUCAAUACCGGCAUGAUUGGAUCUGGGGGGACAACAAGCACCGUAUCAUACUCGCUCCCGGGAUUCAGCCACCAUCCACCCGCUGUCGUCCAGCCUACACUGGCCAAGGGACCGGAAGUUGUGGACCAGCCACCACAUGGGCCUACAACCAUCCUAGACGCACCAAGCAGUAGUCUGGAGGCUCCAAAUUCCCAACUCUCCUCUGUCUCUGCAAUACAUGAUAUGGACCAGUUGAACCAGAUGCUGCCGCCCAAAAGGGACCUCCCCUUUUCAAAGCCGGCGGCAAAAAGGGCUAGGACUGCCAAUGCAGCUCGAACCACACAGGCAAAGCAAAAAAAGAGUCCAUUCAACGAGCCUCACCCACCAAAUCCCAGUGAUACUCCAAAGCAUAAGCCGGUGGAUACAACCAAAGGCCUUUAUAUCGGCCCUGGUGCUUCAGAAACUCAAUCUCAAAAUCCAUCCCAAUCGGAUUCUUGUCAUCCAAUGAGUCAACCGCAGAUGGUCAAUGACGAACCUCCUAUGUCAUCCCAAAUGCCUCCCACCGAAGGAAUAGUUGACCACAUGCCCCAGGUAUCCACAGGUCACCAACUUCUGCCUAUGCAGCGUCACACCAGUAUUCCAAACACGCCCAGCCAGCCGAAUAAGCAAGAACAAGAGCCGGGACCACGUGCAGUUCCAGCUGUGAUGGCUGACCAGCUCACAGAGUAUCUGGCUCAUCCAACCCCUGAGCGAAUUGCUUUCCUUGAAAAUUGGAUGUGUGAGUUGAUUGAAGACGACGGUUUUAUGACUCUGUGUCAAGAUGUGGAAGGAACGUGGAGGCGUUUCGCCUUCGGGCGGAACCAAUAA